UUAAAAAUGGGUACCAAACCUUCAACCGGACGAAAAGAUCAGAAAUAGCGAAUGCGCGACAGAGACAACGAGGGCAAAAAACUACGCCGCAGCAUCGUCUCCCCGUCAAUUCGCAACAGCUCUCUUAAACCCACAUAUUAAUUGAUAUUUCAUUUGAUUGAUUCUGAUUUUGGGUUUUGGGGAUGCGAUUGUUGAGGAGGAUCGCUGGGUUUCUAGGGUUUGCUAAAGACGAUGCCCACGACGUGAAAGAUCAAGACGAAGAUACCGAUAACGAUUCCCAUGCUCAUCUUCCGCGCGAUUUCCAUGAAACUGGGCUUCCACGCAAGGGCUUCGGCGUCAAGGUUCAAGUCGCUGUUGACCGCCCCCAAUUAGCCCCACUUCUGCUUCCCUCUACCUCCGGCGACGGUGGCGUCCAGGGUCUUAGAUGGUAUGCAAAGCGUCUAAGAAUAGAUGAUGAUGGAGAUGUGGCAGAUGAGUUCCUUGAUGAAGUUUUACCAGAGACAACACCCAAUGUAGAUGAACAGCAUAAACCUCAUCCUAGGUUUGAAUUGAAGUACAGAACCAAACCAAUUAAAGUAAAGAACCAGGUACUGUCUGUUGAUGGGAAAAUUCAACAAUGCAUUGAGCACCAAGGCAGAUUGCAGUGGGUCUAAAGGUCCCUUCACAAUAAAAUUUGUGGACGUAAAGCUGGUUUGUGGUUUGUUUUUCAUUAAAGCUCUUCACAUGAGUGUAUUGUGUCUACUUAUAUUUCAUAGAACAGAAAUAAACUUAAAAUUUGUCAGACCAUGUAUCACUACUACUAGCUACUUCAGUACAUGCCCUGGAAGGUGCCCUCCUGCUGGAUAAGUGGGAACAGUGGCUGCAGCUGCCGGUGCUGCGGUUGGGGCCACUGGCUGAUUAUACUGAUGUGCUCUUCUGCUCAGUUUCUUCUCAGCAUGCCUUGCUUUGGCCUGGUGUAGCUUCAUUUGUGCUCGAGCCUCCUUGGCUUUUCUACGCUCGUGUGCUAGUUCUCUCUGUUCUAUUGUCCUCGCAGUAGCUUUCUCUGCCUGUAAUUUGUGCCUCUUAAAUAACUCAGUAUUCUUUUAUAUGUUCAUGGUUAAAAGCUUUAUUAGAGGAAGA